AUGGAAUCGUGGAAAUUUCAAGCCAUAAGGCGCAAUGAUGCCGACUACGAAAAGGCAAGGUGUUCGUCCGUGUGGAAUGGACGUGUGCCAGAUCGUUACCCGGCGUUGAUCGUCUACCCCGAAACUGAGCAAGAUGUUCAAGCGAUCGUUGUGUAUGCCAAGGAAAACAAUAUGUCAAUUGGGACUAAGUCUGGUGGUCAUUCCUGGACGGCCUCUUUUCUGCGCGACGGUGGAAUCAUGGUCGAUAUGAUCCGCAUGAACAAAUUUCAGUUCGAUGUGAAAUCUCGAACAGCGGAAGUCCAACCGGCAGCUUAUGGCUCUGAUCUCAACGCCGCCCUAGAGAAGCACGACCUCAUAUUCCCUGGCGGUCACUGCCCGACAGUAGGGAUGGGAGGGUUUCUGCUCCAAGGUGGAUUUGGCUGGAACUCUCGAAAGUGGGGACUUGCAUGUGAGAGCGUGUUAGCCAUUGACGUCGUGAACGCUGACGGCAAUUUGAUACACGCCAGUGCCACAGAUAAUUCGGACUUCUACUGGGCUGCUCGGGGCGCUGGUUGUGGAUAUUUUGGUCUGGUGACCCGCUUCUACCUGAAGUUGUACCCCAUGCCAAAGGGUAUUCUGACUGCGCGUUACGUCUUUGAGCGAGAUGUCUUCGAUGAAGUUACACUUGCAGUAGAACGUAUUUCAGAUAAAGUUUCUGAAGAUCUGGAGAUAGGGAUAUUUGUCGCCUAUGAUCAAGAUGGUUUCAAUGGGCGAUGCACAGUUGCUUUGACACUUGACGCACUCUCUGACACCGCAGAAGAGGCUUAUCAAGCUCUUAAGCUCAUACACGAACUUCCUAUCGUACAGGAGAAGUCGAUAAAAUCAUAUCCUUAUGUCAGUUGUACGCUUAAGGACAUGCUUCAACGAUUUGACGAUAUUCUCGAUAACAAAGGACGCCGUUAUGAGACCAACAACAUGUGGACAGACGCUCCGGUGCAAAACUUGUUGGGGUCUAUGAACGAAAUCAUCGAUAACCUUCCACCAGCUCCAUCACAUUUGUAUCUCCUUUGGUGGCUCCCAGUCCACAAUCGACCUGAUAUGGCUUUCUCAAUGGAAGCUCAAUUAUAUGUCGCCCUUUACGCAAUAUCGACCGACUCUGGUUACGAUGCGCGCAACUCCACGUAUGUUGUCAACUCGCUCACUCGUAUGGAACCUUUCCGCAAGGGCAUUCAAUUAGCGGAUGAGAACUUGCCGUCCCAUCCAGGAAAAUUCAUGCGAACACAGAACUAUGUACGACUAGAGAAGCUUCGGCAGAAGCAUGAUCCCCAAGGUCGCUUCUAUAGCUACAUGCGCUUACCGGUGGAGUUUAUGACAUCGCUUGUCUCCCUUUGA